CCCCGCCCGCCCCGGUGGAGGGGGGGGAAAGGGAAGCGGGACGGCUCCUGGGAGGCGCGGGGAGAUCCAGAGCCAGACGGGGAUCGCGCGCAGCUUUCCCAGCGGCAGCAGCAACAGCGCAGUCCGGAGCCGAGAGAAUCCCCCCCACCCCGCGAGCAUCCACAGCCAGGAAUGAGCUAUCGGACCACCCGCCCGGGAACUAUGGAGGAAGAGAUCAGCAUGGGGGAGGACGCCGAACUCCGGCUGAUCCUGGUGGGGAAGUCCGGAGGCGGGAAGAGCGCCACGGGCAACACCAUCCUCGGCCGGCCGGUGUUCAAGUCCAUCCUGGAGCCAAACACCACCACCGUGAAGUGCCAAAAGGGUGAAGGAAGAUGGCGGGACAGGAAGAUCUCCGUGGUCGACACACCCGACAUUUUCAAUUCUGAAAACCACAGUGAGAUUGUGCAAAAUGAGAUUGCGGCUUGCGUCCAACUGUCCCGGCCUGGCCCUCACGCCCUGAUCUUGGUGACCCAGGUGGGGCGCUUCACCGCCGAAGAUGUGACAGCUGCAAAACAGGUCUUGGAUAUCUUUGGGGACGAGUCAGCCAGGUGCACGAUCGUCCUCUUCACCUGCAAGGAGAAUUUGGGAGGGGAAUCCCUGCAGGAGUACGUCCAAAGGUCGGACAGCCACAAUCUGCGGGAGGUGAUCUGGCGGUUUGGGGACCGCUUCUGCGGCUUCAACAACAAGGCCACCGGAGCCGAGUCGCAGGCGCAGGUCUCGGAGCUGAUGGAGCUGGUGCAGAGAGUCGUUUCGGAGAACGGGGGGAGACACUACGUCAGCUGGAUGUACGACAUCCCCAUGACAGCGACGGAUGACGAGGCCAAGCUGGUUCCAGAUUCCGUGAUGGAUGCUCCUCUUCAUCAUGCUGAUGGAGAACGUGAAGAAGCGACGAUAGAAGAUACGGCAGCAGGGACACCAGUUCCAGAUUCCGUGAUGGAUGCUCCUCUUCAUCAUGCUGAUGGAGAACGUGAAGAAGCGACGAUAGAAGAUACGGCAGCGGCGACACCAGAUUCCGUGAUGGAUGCUCCUCUUCAUCAUGCGGGUGGAGAACGCGAAGAAGCGACAAUAGAAGAUAUGGCAGCUGCGACACCAGAUUCCGUGAUGGAUGCUCCUCUUCAUCCUAUGGAGGGAGAAUGGGGAGAAGUGGCGAUGGAAGGGAAGGACGCCGAACUCCGCCUGAUCCUAGUGGGAAAAUCCGGAGGCGGGAAGAGCGCCACGGGCAACACCAUCCUCGGCCAGUCAGUGUUCGAAUCCAUCCUGCAGCCAAACACCACCACCCUGAAGUGCCAAAGGGGGCAGGGAAGCUGGCAGAACAGGAAGAUCUCCGUGGUCGACACACCUGACAUUUUCAAUUCUAAAAACCACAAUGAGUCUGUGCGAUGCGAGAUCGGGGCUUGCGUCGAACUCUCCCGGCCUGGCCCCCACGCCCUGAUCUUUGUGACCCAGCUGGGACAAUUCACCCCUGAAGAUGUGACAGCUGCAAAGCGUGUCUGGGAGAUCUUUGGGGACGAGUCCGCCAGGCACAUGAUCGUCCUCUUCACCUGCCUGGAGGAUUUGAGAUGGGAAUCCCUGCAGGAGUACGUUCGAAAUUCCGAGAACCGCAAUCUGCGGGAGCUGAUCCGGUGGUGCGGGAACCGCUACUGUGGCUUUAACAACAGGGCCACGGGAGUCGAGUGUCAGGCGCAGGUCUCGGAGCUGAUGGAGAUGGUGCAGAGAGUCAUUUCGGAGAACGGUGGGAGUCUCUACAUCAACCGGCUGCAUGAGGUGCCUGAGACACUAGAUUUGUGCUGUGCGGCUUGUCUGGAAAUGGCUGGAAGCAUCCAAGAACCCGAACGGAGGAUUGUCCUGGUGGGCAAAACCGGGAAUGGGAAAAGCGCGACGGGAAACAGCAUCCUGGGAGGCAGACACUUUGUUUCCGUCAUGUCCCCUAAGUCAGUGACGGCGACUUGCCAAAAGGUGGAGAAGACCUGGAACGGCCGGAAGAUUAUGGUUGUUGACACUCCUGGCUUUUUCGACACCAAGGUUUCAGACAAGGAAACUGCUGCCGAAGUGAAGAAGUGCGUGAGCAUGUGCAACCCAGGUCCGCACGUCAUUCUGCAGGUGAUGCGUCCUGGCCGUUUCUCCAAGGAGGAAAAGAAGGUGGCGAAGCUGAUCAGUAAAAUCUUCAGCUUGAACGCCAAGAAUUACAUGAUCCUCUUGUUCACCCGGAAAGAAGACCUGGAAGGAAUGAGUCUGGAGAACUUCCUAUCUCAGGGUGACGACUCGCUUAAAAGACAGACCAAGCAGUGUGGACAACGCUACCUGGCCUUCAACAACAAGGCCGAAGGAGAAGAACGGGAGGAACAGAUGGCCGAAUUGAUGACCAUGAUCGAUCGGCUCGUAGACAACAACGGAGAAGCUCCUUGUUACACAGAAGACAUGAUGAAGAAAGAUGGAAAGCACUACAAAAAGUGUUCUAUUCUCUAACAGACACCAGAAAGAAUCUCUACUGGAUCCUCUGCUCCAUGGGGGCAGCUCUCCCCAAAGCCACAGCCCCGCGUUUUCCCCCUUCUGCUCUGAGUUCUAAUCCAGACCUCCGAAGAACCCCAGUCAAGAGAUUCGUGGUUGACUCUCCCUCAGAACCCGGUUUCUCCUCUCGGAUGACGGGGACUUCCUACAGUGGGAAGAUCCUGUUCCCCCCUUCCAGUAUCAGCUGGCCCCACAGCCUAAUACUCUCCCAUCCUGGACCCUUUCUUUUGGACCUCUCAGUCCUUCGAGGUAGACCAGACCAGGAAUCCACCAACGCAAGAAAUAUUAGAGCUGGACUUUAUCAGUAGAAACGACAGCAGGAGAAUCUUGAAACCGUCUCAACUCCCGCUGGCACCAAAGCGCAUCAAGGCCAGGCAGCCUUGAGGUUCUUUCUCAUCCUUUCCUGCUUUCCUGGGGAGAAUUCGUGUUUUCCUAACACAGUGGUUCUCCACCUGUGGGUCGGGACCCCAUUUGGGGUCGAACGACCAUUUCACGGGGGUCGCCAAACAACACAGUCCGCCAUUUUUUCCCCCUUUUCCUUAGCUGUGCUACUCCC